AUAAUUAACAUGAUAUAUGGGUAGAUAAAAAAAAAAUUGCCUUGAGACAGGUGAUUUCUGGUAGCGACUUCCGUGUUUAACGUAACAUAUAAACACUGACCGAUACAGGUACAUUUGUAAACAUAUACAUGCAAUGCACUUUCUUUACUAAUAGGGGGAGGGUGUAUCCUGAAUAUGGAUUGCGUUUACCUUCACAGUACUUAAAACGAUUAAUUGUAUCUAAAUUUGAAUUAUAUUUUGUCCACAUGUCCGAUUUAAUGAUUCGUAUAUGACCACUAGCGUGCGUUUAAGUGUAAUCUUCAAUUGGAUUUUAAAGAAGACCGAAAGAAUAAUAUGUCGAAGAACUCAAAAUGGAGAAAUUUACAGCAUUUCUUCGAUAUAAAAAUUGUCUUUGUUUUUCGGAGAUAUUUUCAGAAGUUGUUUUUAUAUAUGAAGAGGAAACUACACUUGACUGUAAUGAAGAGACUACUACUUGUAGUUGCAAUGGUUUAUCUUUCCAUGCAUGCGUUCAAUCUAUUCCAUGGAGACAUACGUUCUACAGUGUUACAAAAGGACAAAAUCAAUGUAACAUCAAAUCAAAGUGCAUCCGAGAAAAAUAAACGGGAAAUAUUAAGUGCAUUUACGGUGCUCACCCAUAUGAGACCUAAUUUUACAAUUUCUCUCGAUCCUGUGAACAAGUGGAUAAAAACGAAGACUUCACAGUGCAAUGGGAAUUUUGUGGGAUAUAACAACUUGUUUGCUCAUUUAAAACACGUUCAAAUAAAUCCGCAUCUCUCAGUUGGUAGAAAAGGGGGAGAAUCUAUCGAAAAGGUUAUAGGUCAACCCGAGAAGAGCGAGUACAUGACCUUGAAAAAAGGUUAUUUCGAAAUGAGGUGUCAUGACCACGGAUUACUCUAUCAUUUCAAAGCCAGAGACCAUCUGAAGCUCUGGUUAUCUGCUGUAAAAACAACAAACAGUGACCAUCAAUCAAUGUCGGUCAACCAUAAUUUCACCAUUGCUGUGACUAGAUACGAGUAUGUCAACUUGUAUCAUACCAUGACCGACUGGUAUAACGCCUUUCUAAUGCUGGUGGUAUUUAGAAAAAGUCCGGAUACUUCGUCCGUUCUGUUGAUUGACAGUCAUCCAGCAGGCGAUCUUGACGGCGUCUGGAACACUCUCUUUGGUCACGUGACACGAGCCGGUCACUUGACAGGUACUAUUGCAUAUGAUGACCUGAUCUGGGGCAUAACCGGAUAUAACAGUCCAAUAAACCAGCACUCGUUGCCCCAUGUUCCGUAUCUGGAGGAAUUUCGAGAAUUUUUCCUCACGAGAUUCAACGUUCUAGAGAAAAGGAAACUAAAUUGUGAAAACCUGUCAAUUUUAUUUAUCUGGCGUAAAGAUUAUGUUUCGCAUCCGAGGAAUCCUGGAGGGAAAAUCAAGCGAAAGAUAAGAAACGAAAUGGAGCUGCAAAGAGCAGUGCAACAAACAUUCCCAAGUCAUAGUGUUAAAGGAUUACAAAUAGACCAGCUUCCUAUGAAGGAACAGUUGGACCUUAUAGUCAACACCGAUAUUCUCAUAGGGAUGCAUGGCGCUGGUCUUUCCUUCACCCUCCUUCUUCCGAAACACGCCUCCCUCAUAGAACUCUUUCCUCGAUACCAGUCUACAAAAAACAACCACUUCCAGGCCAUGGCCAAGUGGAGAAGCUUGCAUUACCUAAGGUGGCAAAAUCGAGACCACCAAAACGAAUUUCCUGACUAUUAUACAUAUGUUCCUAUUGACGUGGUCGUAGAUAGAGUUAACCAGACCGUGAACCAGAUGUGUGAACGAUGGAUGCGAUCAUAACUUUUGUGAUAGAUACAAGUCCCUCAUCUGCAAAAAUUUUGCUUUCCGUUAUUUAUUUUUCCAAACAUAAUUUCACAUAUGUAAUCUGACUUUUAACAAGCCGCAAAAACAGGUACAAAGUAAAAGAAUUAAAAAUACCAAAAAAUGUUUCAUUUGAAUAGUUUACCUCACUGAUCACAAAAUAUGAAGAAAAAAAUGACUGCUACACACCUACUUUGCUAUAAUUAUUGCUACUAGUGUAUGUUAAAUUUUUAUAGUACUCAAUUUCAAAUAGGCAUAACUGUUAAGUUGUUUUGAAAAAGUGUGACGCAUAUUGUAAAAUAUUUUUACAUGAAAAAAAAAACAAAAACAAAAACAAAGCAAAACAAAACAAAACAACAAAGAAAACAAACAAACAAAAGCAUUUUAAAUAGCAAGGAAAACCCUUACCACAAAGUUGUAGAAAAAAAUUCAAAAACAAAACAAUGAAUUAAAAACAUGACAUCGUGUGUAUUCAAUGUACUUGCACAAAAUUCGAACUCAUUACAUUUUAUCCUACUUGGUUUCUUCACGAUAGCCUAAAAAAUAUUGGCAGCUAUCGUUAUAAGCUAAUUCUACAUCUUGCCACCGCACACUUUAAAUAAGAAAUUUUUUUAAGAAGUGACCUCAUGAACUAAUGGUACCAAUUUUAAUUUUAAAAAAAAAAUGCUUAAUAAAUAAAAUCAACAAUAAAUCAUCAACCAUAAACAAAGGGAAAAAAUGGAAAAUUAAUUACAAAAAUAUAAAAUCAAAAAAAAGAACAAAAAAGAACAAAAACACCCCAACAAUUUACAGUGUUCUGCGCGGUUAUUGUGACGAAGACGACUAUGAUGAUGUUAACGAUAGAGCUUAACCUCAACAAGUGAAAAAAAAACCCAAACUCGUUAAAAAAAAUAAUCAACAAAUUAAAAACGACCUAUUACUUAUACAUAUACAUGUGUAUCUACUUACAGCAAAAUGAAGUUACAUGUAAAAUUAGAUUUUUGUUUUGUUUCAGACAAACUGGUGUACUAACUUCUUAUAAUACCGUAUUUUCUAUAUAUAAUUACAUGUAUUAACAAAUGGUUGUCAUGCAAACUUAUAUUCAAAUGAUGUUACAUGACAAUUUCAACAGUUGUACACAGUAGCAAAACGGAUAUAACUAAUUUCUAAGGAUUAAUAUUUAUAAUUGCUCUAUGAUAUCUAGGCAAAGUCUAAACAGUUGUAUAAGAAUGUUGCCUAAAAGACCCAUUUCAUGAACGUACGGUUACUGAAUCUACGCGGGGCCUAAUUACUUGUAAAACAGGUGUUAUUUACCUGGAGUGACAAGGGUCCGUCGAAGUGCUAAUUGCUAUACACGAUGACAUACACGGAACAUAAAAAAUAUUGAACAUAUACUACUUUGAUGCAUUUAAUACGUAUAUUGCUACAUAUUAUGUCUUACAUUGUAUAUAUAUAUAU